GCGGCGGCCGCACCCGGUCCGGGCUCGUGGCGCGCGCUUCGGAAGAGGGGGGGGGGUGUCACGCGCGCCAGGUCUGCCCUGGCAGGGUCUCGCGGCGCAGGCAGGGGCUGGAAAAUAGUUGCUGCUUUACCGUAAAACGAUCGUUUCAUCGAAGACAGAGUCAGUGAAGCAGCGACAAUCCCAUGGUUGGCUUUGCCUGCAGCUGAAGUCAUUGCUAGUUGCAAUUUGGCUUUUAGUUUGCUGUGCUUCAGAGGAGAGAUUUUAAUGGAUCUCAAUAGUGCUAGCACUGUUGUUUUGCAAGUCUUGACCCAAGCUACUAGCCAAGAUACUGCAGUCUUGAAGCCAGCUGAGGAACAACUGAAGCAGUGGGAGACACAGCCGGGUUUUUACUCUGUCUUGUUGAAUAUUUUCACAAAUCAUACUCUGGAUGUAAAUGUAAGAUGGCUAGCUGUGCUGUAUUUCAAAAAUGGAAUUGAUCGUUACUGGAGACGGGUUGCACCACAUGCUCUUUCUGAAGAAGAAAAAACUACAUUACGGGCUGGGCUUAUCACCAACUUUAAUGAGCCAGUGAAUCAGAUAGCAACUCAGAUCUCUGUACUGAUUGCAAAAGUUGCCAGGGUAGACUGCCCAAGGCAAUGGCCAGAACUUAUACCCACUCUUCUAGAAUCUGUGAAAGUGCAGGAUGAUCUUCGACAGCACAGAGCACUGCUUACCUUUUAUCAUGUUACAAAGACCCUUGCAUCCAAACGUCUUGCUGCAGAUAGGAAACUUUUUUAUGAUCUUGCAUCAGGUAUUUAUAGCUUUGCUUGUUCCUUGUGGAAUCAUCAUACUGAUACAUUUCUACGGCAAGUUUGCACAGGGGAUGAAGCUGCAGCCACAAAUUCACUAGAACGAACCUUAUUGUCGUUGAAAGUGCUUCGUAAACUGACAGUCCAUGGGUUUGUAGAACCUCAUUGGAACGUAGAAGUCAUGGGUUUUCUACAUGCAGUGUUUGAACGGCUAAAACAGUUUCUGGAGUGUAGUAGAACUAUAAGAGCAGAAAAUGUAUGCAGAGAUCGUCUAGAAAAGACUAUAAUUCUAUUCACUAAAGUGCUUUUGGACUUCCUGGAUCAACAUCCUUUUUCAUUCAUCCCUUUGAUUCAGAAGUCACUGGAGUUUGCUGUAACCUAUGUUUUCACAGAGGCUGGUGAAGGAAUUGUAUUUGAGCGGUUUAUAGUACAGUGCAUGAAUCUCAUUAAGAUGAUCGUAAAAAAUUAUGCAUACAAACCAUCCAAAAAUAUUGAAGAUAGUAGUCCUGAAACUCUUGAAGCACAUAAGAUAAAGACAGCAUUUUUCACCUAUCCUACACUAAUGGAAAUCUGUAGGAGAUUAGUCACUCACUAUUUCCUGCUGACAAAGGAAGAAUUAGCCAUGUGGGAAGAGGACCCAGAAGGCUUCACUGUAGAAGAGACAGGAGGAGAUUCCUGGAAGUACAGUCUCAGACCAUGCACAGAAGUUCUUUUCAUUGAUAUUUUCCAUGAAUACAAUCAGACACUUACUCCUGUGCUUUUAGAAAUGGUUCACAAUCUACAAGGGUCGACCAACAUGGAAGAUACCAGUGCUAUACUGAUUAAAGAUGCUGUGUACAAUGCGGUUGGACUGGCUGCUUAUGAACUAUUUGAUAGUGUGGAUUUUGAUCAGUGGUUUAAAAAUCAACUAUUAGCAGAACUACAGGUUUCUCAUAACAGAUAUAAACCAAUACGCCGAAGAGUAAUUUGGCUGAUUGGACAGUGGAUUUCUGUAAAAUUCAAAUCAGACUUGAGACCUAUGUUAUAUGAGGCAAUUCGCAACUUGCUUCAAGACCAGGACUUAGUGGUCCGUAUUGAGACAGCUAGGACACUGAAGUUAACUGUAGAUGACUUUGAGUUCAGAAGUGACCAGUUCUUACCAUUUCUGGAAUCCAUGUUUACACUGCUGUUCCAGCUGCUUCAGGAAGUAAACCAAUGUGACACCAAAAUGCAUGUUCUUCAUGUUCUGUCUUGUGUCAUUGAAAGAGUCAAUAUGCAGAUACGACCAUAUGUGGGAUGUUUGGUUCAGUAUUUACCACUCCUUUGGAAACAGAGUGAGGAACACAAUAUGCUGCGAUGUGCCAUUCUGACCACCCUAAUCCAUCUUGUCCAGGGACUGGGAGCAGACAGCAAAAAUCUCUAUCCUUUUCUACUUCCAAUUAUUCAGCUAAGUACAGAUGUUUCUCAGCCUCCACACGUCUAUCUUCUGGAAGAUGGCUUGGAGUUGUGGUUAGUGACACUGGAGAAUAGUCCAUGCCUUACUCCUGAGCUCUUGAGAAUAUUUCAGAACAUGUCUUCCCUUCUUGAACUGAGUUCAGAAAACCUCAAAAAUUGUUUCAAGAUCAUCAAUGCUUAUAUUUUCUUAUCAUCAUCUGAAUUUUUGCAGACAUAUGCUGCUGGCUUAUGCCGGUCAUUUUGUGAACUUUUGAAGGACAUAACUACUGAAGGUCAAGUUCAAGUCUUAAAGGUUGUGGAAAAUGUCUUAAAAGUAAACCCUGUUUUGGGUCCUCAGAUGUUCCAACCGCUUUUGCCAUCAGUACUCAGGGGGAUUAUAGAUGGGGAGAGAUACCCAGUGGUGAUGUCUACUUAUCUGGGAAUCAUGGGCAGAGUUUUACUACAAAAUGCAAGCUUUUUUUCAUUACUUUUGAGCCAGGUGGCAUGCGAACUAGGUCAGGAGAUGGACCAGAUUCUUGGUAACAUGAUUGAAAUGUGGGUUGAUCGGAUGGAUAACAUCACUCAGCCAGAAAGAAGAAAACUUUCUGCUUUGGCAUUGCUUUCACUUCUGCCAUCACUGAAUAGUGUUAUCCAAGAUAAAUUUUGUGGUAUCAUCAACAUUUCAGUAGAAGGGCUACAUGAUAUUAUGACUGAAGAUCCUGAAACAGGAACAUACAAAGACUGCAUGUUGAUGUUUCAUUUUGAAGAGCCCAAAGUUACAGAAGAUGAGGAGCCUCCCACAGAACAAGACAAAAGGAAGAAAUUGCUUGCAUUGAAGGACCCUGUACACACCGUGUCAUUGCAGCAGUUCAUCUAUGAGAAGCUAAAGGCACAGCAGGAAUUACUGGGAGAGCAAGGUUUUCAGGCACUUAUGGAAACUGUGGAUACAGAAAUAGUUGCACAGCUACAAGAAUUUUUACAAGGCUUCUGAAUAAGCAGAAACAAAAUUUUGUAUGUCCCAUUUCCCUUUCAAAAAAUGUGGAAGAACUCUCUAGCCUUCCAUCUUGAAUUGAAGAGCCUACUGAAAGAUGAAAAUAACUUGUGUUAAAAAAAAAUAAAUUUCUGCUGUUGCUACUAUACUAACUUUGGUAAUGCUUUAUGUUAUUUUUAAAUACUAGACUUGGUUUUAUAAUCAAAUUAACACUUCCAUGAUUCCUAAUAUGGUAUAUGCAAUAUGGUAUAUGCUGCCCUAGAUAGUAUUAUUUUUUUGGUUACCCUUACUAGCUUUUUAGUUCACAAAGCUAUAUCAAACUUGACAACUUUGUAGGAACUAGGUAUUUUAUAUUAGUGAGAAUUGUCUAUUAAUUCAGCAGCAUAAUUCAGUAUCAGGAGCUGCUUGUCUUCCUAUUAGGCACCUGUAAGCUCUCUCCCCGUACCCUUCCUGUUGCCAUUUCUUGACUAUACUUUCAACCAUACAGACAGAAGGAGUUAGGAAAGCAGUAAGAUUGUGAGCAGAGGUAUUUCUUCAUGAGAGAAAGGUAAUUCUCAUUUGAAUUGCCUCAGAGAAAAAGAAAUAUAUAUUGUAAUGCUUAAACUUUAUUUGCUGAAAUGUUAGAGAAUAUCAGUGUACUUCUUUUUCUGACGAUGUAGCGGUUUAUUUUUAUCAACAGUUGCUUUAUUUCUAUUAUGAGAAAUGUCUUGCUUUCUUGGAUUUCCUCUAUCUCACUUUUAGCUGUCAUAACACAAAGAAACUCACCAGAGACAGAUCAGUAACUAAUUAAAAUUUAUUCUUUUUUGCACCAGGACUGCUUAAAAUUGCUGUUGUUCAGCAUCUCAGUUCUUUUUUAUCAAAAGCAUAUCAUCAAGAUACAUCAUAAUUAUUUCUCAAAAGUCUGAGCCCAAAUGGUCACAAUCAAAAUAAUUAUUUACAAAUGUGAAGGUCACUUUGAGAUUUAAUUAUUUGUUACCUGGACAGCUGCAGAUGGCAAAGUAAAGCUGCUCCUUUCUCUGUGCCUUUGUCUUUCAUACACAUUGCAGGUGGGAGGGCAGAGAGAGAAGGUUUUUCCAUUUUGAAAUUUUCCUUUUAAGUUCUGAUUUUCCACCUUCAAUGCUGAAGUAAACUUUGCUUCACUAAAGGAUGUUUAAACUGUUGAGACACAUUUUUUCCCACUGAAGGGAUUAGCUAUUUGAAGACACCUACAUGCUUAUGAUAAUCUUACCAGUUAACCAGAUGUUUUUAAAAAUCUGAAUUUUUCUUUUUACUGGCCCUUUUAGAAAUAAUUGUUUCGUAAGCCUUCCUUCUCUUCGCAGAGGAAGCCUAACCAUUCCUUCCUUCUCCAUUGGGUUCAUUGGCAAAGACUGCUGGGCCUCUCAUACCUCUGAAUGCAAAGCCUCCUCUGUAUCCAGCUUCCAGUAUCUGUCUGCAGUGUUUCUUUAAUAACUCACUGUUUCCUGCUUUUCACUUCAGCAUAGGAGAUUUGUUAGAAUUUUUGCAAUUUGUCAGUGUGAUAUUUGCAUGUCACUUUCUCAGUCAUUCACCAGCAUCAACUGUCACAAAGUUUUGGAUGGUUAUGAUUUGUACUUGAAAGAGAAUGGACUCAGUGUGCUAUUGGUCCCUUUCAGCUGUGGACUACAGUUAUCUACCAGAACCUGGUGGUGUUUGAAACUGCUUCAGUUUCAUGAUUACUUUUCAAAGAGACUCAGCUUUUGGCUCAGUGUAAAGCUAGCACAAAUAUAGUUGGCCUCACUGGCUUUGACCCUGCCUGACAUGAUUGCACGGCAUACAGAAAAACCUUAGGUUGGACAGCAAAGCUUUCUGCCACUGCUUGGUAAAUUUCUUACCCAGUGCCAAAUGGUGCUCCCUGACAUUUCAGUUUCAGAGGGAGGGAGGUCCUACCUACUGUAGUCCACUUCUGGCUGAAAGGCUGCUCCCAGCACUUCAGCUGCUUGGCCCAGCCUCUAGGCUCCCUCUGCAGCAUCUUACAGUCAAAACAAACCUGUCAGCAUAGCUGCACACAGCUCACCCAGGCUGGCCUGCCUGUCUCAUUCUCAGAGGUGUUCAAGGCACCAUUACAACACAAGUUGGAGUGUUAGCUGCAGUUUAUUUUAGUGCACGGUAACUAGUAUUGGCACAGACUCCAUCAGGAAUGAUGGACAUACUUUUGGCUAAUAAUGGCAUGAUAACGUUGUAAUUAGCUUUCUGAGUAAUGUCUCUGAAUAAUUGUAUGUAUUCAUUUUUGUAUGUGUUAGGGAACAAGUUAAAUUUGUCACUGUGAUGUUUAGCUUUUUGUCUUGGAAGAUC